AUGGCGAAAUCUAAUCUAAAAGAGGAAGGCGAACAUCAAGAGACGGAGGCGGAGAAAGCAGACGGUCUUGAAUUAAUUUCUGUUGGAUCUCUCUAUAAAGGUGGCUCUUGGGACAAGAAGUACUGGAGCUUGUCUAGGGGUAAAGAUCGGUAUCCUUAUCCUGUUGGAUACCAAGCUCGUCGAGCUUACAAUGGGAGAGCUUAUAAGAUGGAAAUUCAUGAAGGUCCUAAAGGGCCUUUAUUUGUGAUUACUUCCACUGAUGGAUAUUCAUGUUCCGGUCAAACUCCUGAUAUUGCGUGGCAGAAAUUUCAGAAGAAUUGUUGCCCUCGCACAAAGGUUUGGCAUGGAAAAAGAUUUUCAUGCAAGAUAGAUGGCAUAGAGUUUUUUGGGUUCAAAAAUCCAUUUGUCCAGAGGUUACUUCGAGAACUGGUGGCAAAUAUAAAUGGAAUUGCAGAACAAAACCUAUUAUCCCCCAGCUUCUGCAAUGGGGUCUCUAGAACAGAGCAAAACAACCAAUUUCCAGAUGCACUCACACAUCCCGAUCUACUACCCUACUUGGCAAGAUCACAGGUCAAGGGGAAGAGAAGUAAGAGACGAGAAAUUACAAAUCCUGAGUCAUUAAGUACUGCUGGCUUUAAAAGAUCCUGUUCUGAAGAUGCAAUGUAUGUUGCCGAGCCAUCAAAUUCAGCACAUGAAAAUUACAAGCAACGGAGGUCCUUGCUUCCCUCUACUUUUAGUUUUAACAAAGAGCAGGAAUCUUGUAAACUUCCAGGAACAUCGUCAACUGCAGUGUGCGUAAAACCUGUAGCUGGAGGAGACACCAGUCACUCAUCAGCCAAAGAUGGUUUUUCCUUUAAGUCAGUUGACUGCUCUGAUCAUUUUACAGAAAAAGCUGCGCCUGGCCUUGAAGAAAGCAGGCUUGCUAGAUCUGAAAGUUCUAAAUCCACUACUAGAGUCGUCAACUGGUCUGUAGAAGAAAAACUUCUUGAUAGGUCACUGGAUGCUAAAGUGGAAGGGUUGAAUUUUACAAUGUUCGGGGAAGGCCAAGAUGGAGAUGCGACAGCUCCAAAAGAUGCUGAAUGUGUCCACGAUGUUGAUCUUUGUGCACCUGAUACCUUAGAAUUUGUGCAAGGUUAUAUUACAAAUUCUGCUCAAGCCACCCUUGAUAAAAGUACUUGCAGUGUGAAAGAAGAGUUCCUUGUGACUGAGGCCAUUAUUUCUCAAGGAUUGGUAACUGAAUCACACCCAGAAGAAGUGAUAGGCACCCCCAACUCAAAUGGAAGUUCUGAAAGAAGUGAUUUUGAUUCAGUAGGUCAAGAUGUAGCCAAGUCAAUGAUGACACUUCUGCUACCACAAGCAAUACCUCUCCUCAAAAAAAAUUCAAGAAAGAAAACGAAAACCAUUAGUUAUUCAGAGAAUUUGCCUGGUACACCAAAACCUCUGGAAAAUAAUGAUGAAAAUGGCCAAUUUGUCGAGGCUCAAUCUCCUGGUGUAUGUUGUUCAGUUCUCCCAGGUUCUGAACAUGUGAAGUCUGUUGUUCUUGACAGUUUCGAUGAUGACCAAUGUGGGGUUCUUGUAACAAACCAGCGAAUAUUAUCCUCGAACACUGCUGAGGCUGAUCAACCCUGUUUUGAUACGGACGCAUGUCCGCCCUGCAGAGUGGAGCAGUUUGCUAAUGUAGAUGCGAUGGAGUCGUCAGUUUGUCAGGUUGACACUGGUGGGAUUAAAGACAUCUUUUGUGACAAGGAAGUGCAAUUGGCUUUGGGUAAAAGACCUCAGGAUGGUAAUCUAUACCCUUAUGAAUCUGUUUCUGGCUGCAAGUCUGCCAAUGAAAAUGUUCUGUAUGAAGAAAAUCACGAUUUUUGCAAAAAAUUGGAUGAAAAGUCCAAAGGUUCCCCAUUCCUUUCUGGGGAAAAAGAUCUCGAAUCUGCAACUGAUUUCAAUGAUGUGGCUACUAAAAGUGAUAUGAGCCAAAGAGGCUUAAGCAGUUCUGUGCAAUUAUCAAGGAAUGACAUCAGUGUUAAGGCUGAGACUACUGAAUUGGGUAAUUCAUCUACUGGUCAAGUGCUGAAAAAGGUAUAUACCAGAAAAAGGGUGUCAAAAGCAGCAUCUUCAACAAGAAAAUGUAAUGCUUCAUUCUCAGAAGGUAUAAUAUGUAGAAAUUUGAGAGAUGGUUCUAUCCCAGAAACUACAAGACCUUUGCCUAACUUAGAGACUUUCCAGAUGAGCUCUUCUGUGGACAAACCACAUAAAAAUGAUAGUUUUGGUGCUGAACCCAGGGUUGGAGACCACUUCAACGGCUUGCACAUAGACAAAACUACUACUAGUCCCAACCCUGUAGUGGAGAGUAUUUCACCUUUUACAUCACAAACUCGAACAGUUUCCUGUGUUUCCACGGGCGAAGAUGCUUCAAAUCCUCUUGCUCCUCCUGUUUCACAAAUAGAAAAACCACAUGCUUGUUCUGAAGCCAGGCUGGUUGUGAGCCAGAAUACUUCAGAUGCAAAUAGACCAGUAUUAUCUCUGAAACAAGGAACGGCAUUCUCUUGCAAUAAUACAUCCAGUGUCAAGGAAGUUCAGACGAAUUCAGACCUGAAACUACACAGGAAUUUGAAGCUUAACAAUGAACUAGAGGGCGUCAUUGAGCUUGUGGGGGAAGGAAAAACAGAUUGUAUGUGCUCAACAUGCACAUCAAACUGCUUUGAGCAAAGUACAUUGAAGAUUGUGCAAGUAAAAACUGGAUAUGUUUCAGUCCUGGUAAAAUUGAGAACAGUUGAUAGCGUGCAGUGUAUAUUGGUCUGUGAACCUAACCAUCUCAUUGCUGCUGGAGAGAGUGGGAGACUGCAUCUCUGGACCAUGAACUUGGCAUGGAAGGCACCAACAGAAGAAUUUGUCAUUUCAGCCAAUGAUUACAUAUCCCCUUGCAUAGCUGAGUUGAAGAGAAUUCCAAACUACGCUUCUCUAGUCAUUGGGCAUAACGGCUUUGGGGAAUUUACUGUAUGGGAUGUCUCAAAGCGCAUGUUCAUGUCUAGGUUCUCUUCUCCAAGUGCUUCAUAUUGCCAGUUCUUUCCAAUUAGUUUGUUUAGUUGGCAAAGGGAAGUCCAUGGUUUCCACUACUCUAAUGUGGAGGAGCAGAUCAAUGGAAUCAUAGAUGCAACAAAAUUGCAGUUUUCAGAGAACAGUGAGUACCAUUCCUUACCUACAUUAGACGGGGAAGAUACUGCCAUCUGGCUUCUUGUCUCAACCAACCCCGAGUUGGAUACUCAAGAAGACUAUAUAGCAAGUGAUUCCGGUGUAAAUCCUGUUGGAUGGUGGAGGCUAGCUCUACUGGUGAAAAAUAUGUUGAUCUUGGGAAGUGCAUUGGAUCCAAGGGCUGCUGCUAUUGGUUUGUCAUCUGGCAAUGGGAUCAUUGGCACAUUUGAUGGACAUGUGUAUAUGUGGGAAUUGACGACAGGGACUAAACUUGGCACUCUGCACCAUUUCGAAGGUGAAAGUAUUUCCUGUAUUGCUACUGACAAUUCGAAGCCAGGAGUCAUUUCAGUAGCAGGUAACAAAGGACAGGUGCUGGUUUAUCGACGGUCACAACAAGCAAAUGAAUGA